CUGUCUCUCCGUCACUCUCUCUCACACACGCGCGCGCGCACGCUCACACAGAUAGUCGUGCGCUUUUGACUCGGGUGACCGCGCAUGAAAUUACAGUCUCAGUCGUGCGCUCUGAAGUAACAGUAGCAGCGCUUCAGUCUGGGAAAAUCUUACUUCAGUCUACUGCACCACAUCCCGACUGGAAAGAGCAACAGUCACGGGCUUUUCAAGAAGGGAGAGGACACUUCUGAAGGCUACAGUGACAUCAUUCGCAAUGCUUCAUGGGAUUGUAGUUUGUGCCUUCAUGAAAGACGGUUAAAGUGUGUUACUGGCCAGUAUGACGGAGGUGAUAAAUACCUGUGACUCUGCAGUGGGAGACUACAGUGUGAGCGGUACAUCUGAGGAACAGAACAUCUCUUUUCAGAUUUUCCCAGAUUCCCAUGAACGGUUCCCAAAGCUUUCCAAACGCUUGCCGUCCAUCGUGGUGGAACCCAGUGAGAGUGGGGAGGUAGAGAGUGGGGAACUGCGCUGGCCUCCUGAUGAUCUGAGCCCUACAGAUGACCCAAGAGACAAACAGGCCCAGGCUGCAAGUGACAAGCCCACAGAAGAGGUCUAUAGGGGGACGGAAAACUAAUGGGCAAUGGUUGGCACCCAUCCAGCCAAUCACUGUGAAUGUCUUCACAAUGGACAGGAGUGAAUGGGAGACUCCACCAGUUAGGUCUGCCUAUCAUCCACACUAGAGCCGCCCACCUGUUUACCUCCACUCCCCUAGUGGAGUCUAGAGCUGAGAGACUGUCUUACCUGAACUAGCUCAAGUGCCAAACUCUAGUGGUAGUCAGCUGCUGUGAUUGAGUUGUAAAUUAUCUCGAGUAACAUUGUAAUCCAUGAUACCCAUUAGAACUCAUUUAUGCCUGGUAAAUUAUUGAUUGGCAGUAACUUAUGUAUUUAUUUACUUUGGACCAAAGUCUUUCAAUCUUUCCUAACAGAAGUACGUAAAUAGCUUCAUAAUCUUAAAGGAGUAUUUCACCCAAAAAUGGAAAUUCUGUCAUUUACUCACCCUUAUGCUUUUCCAAACCUGUGUGACUUGUGGAACACGAAAGGAGAAAGUUAGGCAGAAUGUUAGCCUCAUUCGUCAUUCACUUGCAUUCAGUGUUCGAGAUGUGACAGAGCUCUUGGGGGGUUGUAGUGUUCUAGUUUCGAUGAAACACCAGGGGACCUCCCUAAGUAAAACAUUUUUGGCCUUGUGGGGGGUCCCUUAACUUAUAUAGGGGAUCAGGGACCCCCCAGCACCCCCCCCCCCCCCCCCCGUCACACACACACAAUUCGAACAGUGCUUUCAUAGUAUGGAAUAAAGAUACAAUAAAAUUGAAUGGUGACUAAUGCUUAUAUUAUGCAAACAUCUCCUUUUGUGUUCCAAAGAAAAAAAAUAGUUAUGGGGGUUUGGGACAAAAUAUGGUGAAUCAUGAAAAUUUUUUGGGGUGACCUACCCCUUUUAACUUUGAUAUAUGAAACAAACUUUGUAAUAUAUCAAACAUACAUUAAGUAAAAAUGUAUUUCAAAUAGUUUAAAUAUAAAAUGCAUUGUAAAUGGCACCUUAUGUAGAUAAUGUAGAUUUCAAAACCCUAUGUACAUUAGAUUACAUUUUUCAGUGUGUUUUCACAACCGUUCACACAUUCUGAUAUAUAAAACAAACAAACAAAGAGAAAUAGCAAUUCUUUUUUAACAUGCUAUCCAGAUAUAGACAUUUGCACAUAUUGUAUUUGCACAUAUUUGUGCUAUUUGCAUAAAUUCUCUGUUAAGCACAAGCUGCUGCUUAUGACAAGUGUGGUCCCCAGAGCUGCUGUAAAUGUGGCUUUCUUAUGCCUUAGACAUUGAUCCCUGUAGUCACAACAUCUAUUUCAAAAUUAAAAUUAAAUUACUGUUUUAUGUACAUGUGGACUCUAUUUUACCCUCAUUUGUGUCCGUCACCUUCCUAAGGAAAAACACUUUGGUGCUUCAGAGUCUGUUGAAUAUCACUGUAUUCUGUUACACAUCUAUUGCUCUUCUUUUGAUGUUUGAGUAUUAAUCCUAAAAUAUUAAGAAUCUGUCCGGGGGGAUGAGAAUGGGAAUGAAUGCAACA